AGCGGCUCUCCCACGCGCCAACCGCUCGCUUUGCGCCAACUUCCGAGUCACUCUUAUCUUUGGAGUUUGUUUUCAACGGUCUUGGCGCGGAUAUGGGCGCUGUAGAGACCAGACACCGCCCUCCAACUCCACCACGAUGAUCGUGAGGGAGAGCCCUAAGUCUAGGGUGCAGAAAGAACAGCAGAACUGGCCGCCGAGAUCCCCGCGCGAAGCUCUACUGAGCUCGCCUUCUGGCCGCCGGAAGUACCAACAACAGCGUGAGCGCAACUCCGUGUCUCCCUCGCCGAUCAAGCGCCGCCCGUUAUCGCGCGCCCAGCCGGAAUCCGACGACGAAGAGGAGGAAGAUGAGGAGACGCUGCAGCUGCAGCUCCAGGCCAUUGAAGCGAGGUUGAAGCUGAAGAAGCUGCAGAAGGCGCGGAAAGCUACAGAAGAUGGAGAAGGCGACAGUAUUGGCACAACUUCGAGGCCCGGGACAGCGGCCAGUCUGCGGAGGGUAGAGCUUCCGAGACCACAGUCUGAGGUUCAGGUGCCGGUUUCGCCUACACGGAAUCGAAGAGCGCAGGAGGAGCAGAAGAGUCCCGCACGAGUCCGGCUGGGAAUCGAUAAGGGACUCAGAGCGCAAGAUGUUAGCCUUAAGCGGGCGGCGAGCUUUUCUGCUAGGGGCAAAGCUGGGGGGGCAUCGGCGGGGCUGUCACGAGCGAGCUCAACAAAGACAACAGAAGCACCGCGAGGCAAGUCAUUCAGCGAACGAAUAGCGGAAAGCAGAAAUAAGGAGAAAGAGCGGGAGGAGAAGCAGGCCAGGAUCGAUAAGAGCAGGAGUCGAGGUUUCGGACUACACAACAUUGAAGGCCUGAAGGACGGGCCGAAGUCACGGACGGGCUCUUCGCUGAGCGCGGGAACCAGGAGCUCACAGGAUACGGCUUUAUCUGGGAGACAUCUAGACAGAGCACAGAGUAAAUCUGUCAGUGACCUCCGCAACACCGCGACACCACGGCCAGGCUCGAACCUUUCCGCAAGGUCAGAGCGCUCAUACACACCGUCCACGUCUUCAAGAGCUUCUUCCAAGGGCUUUGGCGCCACAGCUACCGCGUCCAAGUAUGCGGAGAUCUCUCAACGAGACGACGGCACAGAUGCGCCUAGCUUCGAAUCAUUCUCCGGUCUUCACUUGAAGUCCCGUGAGAUGCAACACAACGUCAUAACGCGUACUUUGGAAGGCAAGACUGUCGUCACGAUACCACAGCUCCUGAAGACUGUCAAAGCGCCAGACUACGAGCCGCCGGAUAUGGAGAAUGACUAUGUUGUUCUUGGGGUUAUAGCAUCCAAAUCCUCACCGCUCACACCAAAAAGCGCUGUUCGAGAACGCUCCGCUGGCAAUCAAGAUAUGGAUGCGAAUCAGACGAACAAGUUCAUGGUCAUUCGGCUUACAGACCUGAAAUGGGAACUCGACCUCUUCCUCUUUGAUACUGGCUUCUCGCAGUUCUGGAAACUUCCAAUAGGAACGCUGGUCGCAAUACUCAAUCCGGACAUUAUGCCGCCCCGUAACAGGGACACGGGCAAAUUCUCUCUCAAACUCGCAAGCUCUGACGACACCAUUCUCGAGAUAGGUAUUGCCAGGGACCUGGACUUCUGCCAUGCCAUGCGAAAAGACGGCAAAGAGUGCGGCCAGUGGAUUGACGGACGCAAAACCGAGUUCUGCGACUUUCAUAUUGAGCUGCAGGUCGAGAAGAGCAAGCGAGGACGCAUGGAGGUCAACACCAUGACAGGCUUCGGCAAAGGACCUGGUGGGAAGGGAGGGAUGUUCAGUGGUGGCAGAGGUGGCGGCCUCAAAAAAGAUGAUGAUUUGAGGAGAGAGGGCAAAUUCCACGAUCGAUUUCUGCACGAAACGGUUUACAUCGCCCCCUCGGCUGGCGGCGCGGCAAGACUUCUGGAUCGGGACGAACAGCCUUGGGAGCACACGACUCGAGCCGAGAGGCAUCGCAAACAGCUUGCUGAGAAAGAGAAGGAACGCGAGCUCGCGAAGAGGCUGGGCGAGAUUGGCAGUGGCGCUGGGGGUGACUACAUGAAAUUCAAGGGCGCUGAUACACCAAAUCUUGCAGCUGGAGGUGGUGCCGCAGCAGAAGAUCCUUUCAACACGAGGAAAGAGAAAACUUUAGAUGAUGAUACCCUAGGACUGCUCGGAAGGAAAGCGGAGGAUGUCUCCCUUGGGCAUGUUAAGAGGAAGCGCAUUAUUUCUGGAAAGUCGACAUCGUCGAGCGAUCCCGUCGGCUGGGGCGGAGCAUUCAAGCGCGGCCUGCUGCUCUCUCCCAAGAAGGAUACCGGCCCGUCUCGUGAGACACGAGAGACCAGUCCAGCAAAGAAGAAAGCUCGCCUGCUUCUCCCCGAGAAGGGCAUCCGCGAGCCGGGCAGGGAGAGCCUGGGCACUCUUGACGUUGGACUGAUCGCCGCUAUGGACGAAGACGAUGACUUGGAAGUUGUUUGAUUCACAUGAUAUCCACUUUUCUCUUUUGUCAGAGGAGCCACGAUGGGACAGGAUGGUAUGGGCGUUGAACAGGCAGCCUUCUGAUUGGAUGGAGUAAAUUCGGGAAUUCUAAGCGAGUGAAGGUCGAAUUUCUCUUUGCGGUCUUUGGAUACCUCAACUACAAAACGACUUUCUUAGUGUUUAAAUGUGAAGAGACCUCC